AUAUGUUACAGUUAAAACCCGAAAUCCGUCGAAACUAGUUUUAACUAGUCAAAACUAGUUUCCACAAAUCCCUUUAGUCAUUUCUGGUUUUAACUAGUUAAAACUAGAAUUUACUAAGACCUAUAAAAUAUAUUGGUGAAAACUAGAAUUAUCUAGUUAAAAUCCUUAAUUUUUAUAUUGAUAGGUUAAACUAGUUUUAACUAGGGAAAAGUAGAAAUAUAAGUACACAUUAGAAUAAUUAUUAUAGGAAUUUAUUAUAUUAUUUAUUUAGUAUAGAAUAAUAUUAUAUUGUAUUUAAACUCGUACUACAUAAAACUCACGCGACCACAGACGAUCUAUAAAUAUUGCUCGAUAAUUGUUUGACCGGUCGACUAUCAAAUCAAUUAAGAUAACUAGUCGUCCAACACUUAGAUACGAUAUAACUUCGACAGAUUAUACCUACAAUAAUAUUAAUAAUAAUACGAUAUUGAUCUGAAGGUCAGCUUAUAUCGUCGGCUGUGUUUCGCCAGUGCGAUUGUGUUCGUCGUAGUCGUUGUACCUACGUGUUUUUGUCGUGAAUUGCCCGUUCUAAGUUGUUUUUUCGCUCUUGUUGACAUUCGCCGGUUUUGAAAAUUGUCCUAACGUCACUGUAUACUUUGGUAUCAUGUUGGAAACUGAAAGAGAAAUGAGUACCCGAGAACGGUUUUUUAAGAAGCUUAUGGAAUCGGUGGAAGGAAAAAAAGACAAUCAUUAUAAUAUCAUUAUUAAAGAUGCUUAUGAUUCGCUUCUAAAAGAGGUUGAGGAUGCGAUAUCAGCCACUAAAAAAACCUCUGCUCAAUAUAGAAGGAUCAAGCGAUUCAAUGUUUUGGAAUUUGGCGAUACAAAAAAGCUGGUAACCCGCGGAGAGCCAGUCAAAUAUUAUUUGCCGAUGGAAGACAUUUUUGAUGUCAUUGAUUUGUCACAUAUCGCUGUAGGGCAUGGAGGGAGAGAUCGUCUGAAGGUUGAAACUUCAAGAAAGUACGCCAACAUUACCACUGACAUGAUAAAUAUUUUUUUGUCUCUCUGUGAAACGUGCCAGAAAAAGAAAAAACUAGGAAAGAAAGGACUCGUUUCGAAACCAAUUUUGCACACUGAAUUAAAUAGUAGAUGUCAAAUAGAUUUGAUAGACAUGCAGUCACAACCUGAUGCACAGUUUAAGUUUAUACUUAAUUAUCAAGAUCAUCUGACAAAAUUCGUUCUGCUCCGCCCCUUGCAGACCAAGCGUGCAGAAGAAGUUGCAAGCCAUUUAUUAGACAUUUUUUUAACAUUUGGUGCUCCGGUUCUUCUUCAUUCAGACAAUGGGAGAGAAUUUGUUAACAGUGUGAUUACAGAGCUGACAGGGCUAUGGCCAGAGUUAAAAAUCGUGCACGGGAAACCUAGGCAUUCACAAAGCCAAGGCUCCGUAGAGCGAGCCAACCAAGACGUGGAACGAAUGCUCGCUUCUUGGAUGACAGACAAUAAAUCCACUAAUUGGUCUAUCGGAUUAAAGUUCGUACAAUUUAUGAAAAAUAGAGCACACCACGCCGGGAUAAAUAUGACGCCCUAUAAAGCAAUGUUUGGGGUUGAUCCAAGAGUGGGGCUCGUAACCUCUAACCUCCCCAAUGAUUUGAUUGCUACUAUAAACGUCGAGGAUGAACUGGAAAAUCUUAUAUGUACUGAAACUGGAAGUGAAAAUAAGAUUGAGCAGGAAGCUGCAGAUACCUCUUUUAUAGGUGCAAUUAGAAAAGAAGCUCAUGAAAAUUUGGAAAAACAGGCAGCCCGAAUGAUGACUCGAUCAGAAAAAAAAUUUCCCGCCGUUGAUGUUGGUGUCAACGUAGUAAUCCGCAUUCCAGAUGUUGACAAAGGCAAAACAGAUCAUCCUAAUCUCAUCGGAGUGGUGUUAGAAAAAACAGAGCACGAUCUAUACAGAAUCGGAAGUAAGGAUGGAAUUCUAGAAAAACUUUAUUGUAGAUCUGAAUUUAUAACAUGCGAAGAAAAAUUCAUCACAGAGAAUCAAGUUCCAAACAAUCAUAUUUCCCUCCGUGCAGCCGCAACAAAAGCAUCGACGGGGUCGGGGCAAGGCUUUGUAAGAUGCACAUGUAAAACGUCCUGCGGAACAAAUCGCUGUUUAUGUAGAAAAAAUAAAAUACUAUGCAAUUCUAAAUGCCACAAUAGUUUGUCCUGUCAAAAUAAAUAAUAUAAUAAAUUCCUAUAAUAAUUAUUCUAAUGUGUACUUAUAUUUCUACUUUUCCCUAGUUAAAACUAGUUUAACCUAUCAAUAUAAAAAUUAAGGAUUUUAACUAGAUAAUUCUAGUUUUCACCAAUAUAUUUUAUAGGUCUUAGUAAAUUCUAGUUUUAACUAGUUAAAACCAGAAAUGACUAAAGGGAUUUGUGGAAACUAGUUUUGACUAGUUAAAACUAGUUUCGACGGA